AUGAUAGGAUUUUUAGAACAUCAGUUAAUUCACACAAAGGAAAAAUCCUAUAUUUGCCCAGAAUGCAAGAAAUCGUUUGCCAAUGAUUCAGAAUUUAUUUUACAUUUGAGGUUUCACCAAGGAGACAAGAAGUUUGCAUGUGCCGAAUGUGGGAAGAGUUUCAAGAGAAGGACACAUCUUUCCAUGCAUGAGAAGAUCCACACAGGAGAGAAACCAUACUCGUGCAAAGAAUGUGGCAAAUGUUUUAUUCGACACUCUUAUUUCAUCAUCCACCAAAGAAUCCACACUGGAGAGAAGCCAUAUUCUUGUUCAGAAUGUCAUAAGUGUUUUACCAGCAAACCAGAACUGGUGAGCCACCAGAGGAUCCAUACAGGAGAAAAGCCAUUUCUCUGCACUGAAUGUGGGAAAUGCUUUAAUAGCAACAAAAGUUUGUAUCGGCACCGAAUGAGUCACACAGGGGAAAGGCCGUUUCCUUGCGCUCAAUGUGGGAAAAGUUUCACCAGCAGGAGGAACCUUAAUACACACUUAAGAAGCCACACAGGGGAAAAGCCAUUCUCUUGUGACCAGUGUGGAAAGUUUUUUACCUGUAAAAGAAAUCUCCAGGCUCAUCAGAGACUCCACACAGGAGAAAAACCAUUCUGUUGUGCUGCCUGCAGGAUGAGGUUUACCAAUAAACCACAACUUGUGCGUCAUCAACAAGCUCAUAUACAUCAUACUACAAGUGUUUUUAAAGAAGAAAUUUUUAUGACAGUGGUGGAUGAUCAGUAA